GUAUAUCUUGAAAGACUUUUAACUUAUGCGGAGAUAGAUAUUUGUCCAGCAAACUGGAAGCGAAUUGUACUGGGUGCAAUUCUACUGGCCUCCAAAGUUUGGGAUGACCAGGCAGUGUGGAACGUGGAUUACUGCCAGAUCCUGAAAGAUAUCACAGUCGAAGACAUGAAUGAGCUGGAACGCCAGUUUCUCGAGCUGUUGCAGUUCAAUAUUAAUGUUCCCUCCAGUGUUUAUGCCAAGUAUUAUUUUGAUUUGCGUUCCCUGGCAGAAGCGAAUAACCUGAGUUUUCCUUUGGAGCCCCUUAGCAGGGACAGGGCAUAUAAACUUGAGGCUAUUUCCCGCUUGUGUGAAGAUAAAUACAAGGACUUCAGGAAAGCCGCAAAGAAACGGUCAGUCAGUGCUGACAAUCUGACUGUGGUUAGAUGGUCCCCUGCUAUUAUCUCCUAACAGAGGAGACUGGAAUAUUCCUACGGACAUAUUGUUUCAUCCAUCCAUAUUUUUUUGGGGUGGGCUGGGG